AUGUCCGAUGUCAACCAACCACGCAACGCCGAGGAAAGCACAGAAUCGGCUUCGUCUCGAGGCGCUUCUCUUCCCAACGGAGACGAUGCUACGACACAGAUUACGCCGGAUCUGGACGCGGAAGAGGUAACGGCGUCUCUUCAUACCAUGUGCCAGAUCUCAUUCCCUAACGACUUUACUCUAUUGAACAGCCUGGCAAAGAUCGCCUUUCCGUCGGAGGCGAACCGAAUGCGUCCCCCCAAUGUGAAGUUCGAGAUUGAUGAUAUCGAGGAGCCGUGGGCUUUCUCUGAGCCCUUCGACUACAUUCACAGUCGUCCGAUGACCUCAAGCAUCGGUAACUGGCAGGAAUAUAUCCAGAAAUGCUUCGAGUAA